GGAAAAAGACAAAAAAGAAGAAGAAGACAAGAGAAACUCUGACGAGAUGCCACAUUCGAGCAGCUCCACGUCGUCCUCUAAGAGCAUCCGCAGAGCAGCAUCCGAGCUCGAGAGGUCGGACUCCAUCACGUCGCAACGCUUCCCGGGAAGACGGCAGAGCUUGAUCGACGACGCGCGCAAGGACCGCGAGGCGGCCGCCGCUGCCGCCGCUGCGGCCGAGGCUGCGGAGGCCGGCGAGCGGAUCGUGUUCGAAGAGGACGACGGCAAAGCCCUCGUCAACCUCUUUUUCACGUUGGCCGCCAACAAGACGCCUGCGCUGUCGAGGACCCUUAAAGUGUUUGAGACGUUUGAAGCCAAGAUCCAUCAUCUGGAAACGCGGCCGUGCCGCAAGCCGAAGGACAGCCUGCACAGCCUGGAGUAUUUCGUCCGCUGCGAGGUGCACCUCUCGGACGUCGCUACUCUCGUCAGCUCCAUCCGAAGAAAUGCAGACGACGUCAAGACCACCAAGGAAGUCAAAUUUCACUGGUUUCCAAAGAAAAUAGCAGACUUGGAUAAAUGUCACCAUCUGGUCACCAAAUUUGAUCCUGACUUUGAUCAUGAUCAUCCUGGCUUCACAGACCCAGUCUACAGACAGAGGAGGAAAAUGAUCGGAGACAUUGCCUUUGGAUACAGACACGGAGAGCCGAUUCCCACAGUGGAAUAUACAGACGAGGAGAUUGGCACUUGGACGGAAGUCUACACAACACUGAGGGACUUGUACUCCACCCACGCCUGCACGGAGUACCUUGAGUCAUUCCGUCUCCUUGAAAGGCAUUGCGGGUACAGUCCAAGCAACAUUCCUCAGCUGGAAGACGUGUCUCGCUUCCUUCGAGAACGCACUGGCUUCCUGUUGCGUCCGGUGGCAGGUCUCCUCUCGGCUCGAGAUUUCCUGGCCAGUUUGGCAUUCCGGGUGUUUCAGUGCACCCAGUACAUCCGACAUGGCUCCGCUCCGAUGCAUUCCCCAGAGCCUGACUGUGUCCACGAGCUUUUAGGCCAUGUCCCGAUGCUGGCGGACCGCACAUUUGCACAGUUUUCCCAGAAUCUUGGCCUGGCAUCGCUGGGUGCUUCAGAUGAAGAUAUUGAGAAACUGUCCACACUCUACUGGUUCACUGUGGAGUAUGGCUUGUGCAAACAAAAUGGUGAAGUGAGGGCCUAUGGUGCAGGGCUACUUUCUUCUUAUGGAGAACUUGUGCAUUCUCUAUCCGAUGAACCGGAGAUAAGGGAGUUUGAUCCAGAAGCUGCGGCAGCGCAGCCCUACCAAGACCAGACGUACCAGCCCGUCUACUUCAUUUCGGAGAGUUUUUCAGAUGCAAAGGAGAAAUUCAGGGCAUAUGUCGCUGGCAUCCACCGCCCCUUCUCCGUGAUGUUUGAUCCAUACACCAGUAGCAUCGAGGUCCUGGACAACCCCUUGAAGAUCCAAGGAGGCCUGGAAGGAGUGAAGGAUGAACUGAAGAUGCUGACAGAUGCUCUCAGUGUUUUGUCUUGAACGUUGCCUAUUUAACUGGUUGUCCUCCCACGCCACCUUGCCGUUGUUCGCUUGCUCUCUCGUCUCUGCUGUGCUCUGCAACACUCGAAGUGCGCCGGGGACUUCUCGUUCUUGCGCCUCCACCUUGAUGCCGUUUCGAAUGAAUUGUCAUCUCCUUGUCGCUGGCUAAAAAAAGACUGCAACCGUUUAAACCUCAAUGUCGAUAUUUAAGAUGUUCAUUGCCUUUCUGGGUGUAGAGGCAAGUGUGGCCAUACAGGCUGUUUAAAAUAAUAAUAAUAAGAAGAAGAAUGAAAAAAAGUGUGUCUUGUUAAAAAUAAAAUGAAAUGCAAACCAAAAUCAAAUAUAUGUAUAUAAAAGAAGAGUAUGGUUUGAUUAUUUUAAAAUCAACAGCAUGAACAUACAUAUCUAAUUGGGUAAGUUGAGACUGUAUAUAUUAAAAUCGUAUAAAAUUGGAUCAUCUGUCUGCUAUAUGACAAAUGUUGCUUGUGAAUUAAGUAUUUUGUCUGUUGUUAUUUAAAACUCACCAUGUAUUUUUGUUCUAUUUAUGUGCUGCAGUGUCAAUGCAUGAUCAAGAAAAUAAAUCCACCUGUCAGAUGA